UAUUGUAACAUUCCCCUAGGAGUUAUCCGCCAUCAUAGAAUGAGGUCGGAUCGGUCAGUCAUUCGUUCUUUCAUUUGUUUGUCGAUGUCAAAAACAGUUCUGUUUGUGUCUUUGUUUGUGAUUCCGAUAUUUAUUUUUGUUCACUGUCGUGCAGUGUCAAGUCGUUUGGUAGUUUUCGCGUAUUUUGAUAUAUAUUCUUUUAUUAAUAAUAUUUACAAUGGCCGAAGCGCCGCAAAAUGAUCCCGUGCCGUCAUCUAGUGAGAAUGUGAUUGUUUGUAAUGAACCAGAUGACGAAGAUGAGCCGGUGGCAAAAAAGCGCAGAAUGUCUGACAAAGAGUCCGACAAGCUCGAGCACAGGCUCGGGGGCAUUCUGUGCUGCGCAGUUUGCUUGGACCUGCCCCGGGCAGCCGUGUAUCAGUGUAGCAAUGGGCACCUGAUGUGUGCGCCUUGCUUUACACACUUGCUCGCUGACGCGCGGCUUCGUGACGAGGCAGCCACCUGCCCCAACUGUCGCGUUGAGAUAUCCAAGACAUCUGCCUCAAGGAAUUUGGCAGUUGAGAAAACUGUAUCGGAGCUGCCCUCCGAGUGCAAAUAUUGCACUAGAGUGUUCCCCAGGCAUUCCCUGCAGCACCACGAGGACAACACGUGUGACGAGAGGCUGACGGGGUGCCGGUACGCGUGCAUCGGGUGCGGGUGGCGCGGGCCGGCGCACGAGGCGGCUGCGCACGAGGAGCGGUGUGCUCUGCCGCGGGGCGCGGCUGCUGACGUGGUGGCCGUGCUCGCCGACCACGAGCGCCGCGCCGCAGACGCGCUCGCCGUACACCGCCAGCUACUCGACCUGCUCUCCUGCGAGCAGAUCACUAUCAACGACCUGCAACUGAAGCCGUACCGCACUGAGGAGUUUGUGCACAAGCUGUACUACGAGACUUCGCGGUUCAACGCAUUCAACCUGCAAUGGGUGGUGAAGGCAUUCGUGAACAAGAACCAGCGCGAUCCCACGCAGAGCUCGCAGCGGGAGAUCACUUACCAGGUGAUCCUGAAGAGCAAGCCGUCUUGCGCGGUGGGCGUGCAGUGGGUGUGGCUGCGCGGGCCGUACGGGGAGGCGCGGCUGGUGCCGCGGCCCGUGGCGCACGCCUUCAGCGAGGCCGACCCCGACGCCCCCGCGCAGCCCCUCCCGCUCGCAGACCCCGGGGACACCAACCGCCUGCUCUCCAACAAGGCCAUACACUUCAGGCUCACCAUGUUUCUGAUAUCAAAGUGAUCUCCCAAGAUGACGCCGGCUUCCGGACCCUCACAAGCCAGCCGACUACAUCCGCUGUAACUGUAACCAAAGAAUGCUAUAUUACCUUCGUUUUAAUGCACUCAUUUGCACCACGCUCGCAACGAUCUCCAACGAAAUUUAUAUGCUAAAGUACAGCUUUAUGACUGUAGAUGCUUUUACCUCUUCAUGCAAAAGGAUGAAAAUCUUAUAUAUAUAAAAUUCUCGUGUCACAGUUUUCGUUCCCAUACUCCAUCGAAACGGCUUGACCGAUUCUCAUGACAUUUUGUGAGCGUAUUGAGUAGAUCUGAGAAUCGGCCAACAUCUAUUUUUCAUCCCCCUAAAUGUUAGGGGUAGUCCACUCCUAUUUUUAUUUUAUUUUAAGGCAAAACAACGUUUGCUGGGACAGCUAGUCUUAUAUAUAAAAUUCUCGUGGCACAGUUUUCGUUCCCAUACUCCUCCGAAACGGCUUGACCGAUUCUCAUGAAAUUUUGUGAGCGUAUUGAGUAGGUCUGAGAAUCGGCCAACAUCUAUUUUUCAUCCCCCUAAAUGUUAGGGGUAGUCCACCCUUAAAUUUUUUUUUUUUUAAAGCAAAUCAAUGUUUGCCGGGACAGCUAGUUAUAAAUAAAUUUGCGGAGAGAGACGAUUUAAACACAAGGAGCAGCUUUGUGUUUCACUCGUCGUUAAUCCAAAUU